AUGUCAUCUUCCCAAGGAACAGCCAUGAUUGUAGAAUCCCCUUGGGAGCCUUUGAAAAGAAGAGCAAGCAAGGAGUUGUCUGCAGGCCAGUGGCAUGGGGCUGGGCGCCCUUGGGCAGAGUGGUCAUGUCGCACAAACAUUUACUAUUGGGACAAAUAUGAUGACGAGGAGUUGGAGUACUGGCAUGUCAUGUUGCCCAAGGACAUAGCCAAGCUGGUCCCUAAAGCCCAUUUGAUGUCUGAAUCUGAAUGGAGAAAUCUUGGUGUUCAGCAGAGUCAGGGAUGGGUCCAUUAUAUGAUCCAUGAACCAGAACCUCACAUCUUAUUGUACUGGCAGCCACUACCCAAGAAGCCAAAGAAAUGA